CAAGCGAUCUGGCUCCGAAAUCGCGCUCCGCCUUCUACCACCAUGACUGAUCUCUGCCUUGCUUGUUCUUCUUCUCUACCACCUCAGAAGCUCUCAGGAUCCAAAUUAUUUAUUACAGAAUGCUGCCAACGACCCAUAUGUCCGAAUUGCAUUGCUCUGAAUCCUCGGCUGAGCAGGUACAAUCCUUGCCUUGCAUGUCUCGGCGGUGUAGGCGUUAUCGGUGCACGUAUGGGCCGCAACAAACUUGAACUUGCAACUACGAAUUUGGAUGGAGCUGUCAGAGACGAAGAUAUGUUCGUCGUUGGUGACGAUGAUGAGGACGACGAAAUGCCUCCGCCAGCGUAUACCAAAUCUUCUGGCUCGGAGGCUGCCCCACUUGAAAGCGAUAUUGAUAAACCUUCCUCUGCUGAGAUAUCCUCUACUUCGGGCCCUCCGAAGUAUUAUAUCAAGCGUACAGACACCCUUCAAGGAAUUGCUCUGCGCUUUGGUGUCGAUGGCCGUGAGCUCUGCCGGUUGAACAACCUCCCACCCAGUACGCUCUCCAUAACACCCCACCUUCUACAUACCCGCGAAUUCCUCCUCCUACCUCCGUCUUCCCACCCGAAGCUCAAACCAUCCGAUUCUGAGCCCACGGGACGCCGCGAAAUAGAGCGUGCUGAAAAACGAUUGCAGGUACUGACGAAAGAAGUCGAUUGGAGGGUGGCGAAGGCUUACGUUGCUCUCGCAGAUGAAGUAGAUUUAGAUGAUUCUAAAUUGAAGCAGCCUGCGACCAGUGUGGAAGCGCGCGCUAUUGAGCGGUACCUUGAUGAUGAAGAGUGGGAGUGUGGAGAGGGUGGUCCGGCUGUUAUACAGAGGUUUCCCUACUCGGAUUUUGGGACAAAGUCUGAAUCUAAACGAAGCUGAAUGGACUUCACAAGAGACGUUGACUGCGGUUUUAACCACCGUUGUAGUCUUCUAGUCUGUCUAAGUUUUGGGUUAGUCAUGGUUGUGAGUUCGCAUUCAACUACAAGAUUCAUAGCACAUACCCCUGGACACCAAACAUUCUUGCCUACCUGUUUGCAUCCAACUUCUACAUCUAUGCCGAGUCAGACACGCAUGUCAGUAAUCACAAAGCGACU